UAGAGAGAGAAAGAGAUAAUUAAAUUUGAACACCUAUUUUGUCAGCACUAAAUAUUGACAACUUCAAUCUGCAACAGGACAAAUCAUCAAAUCCAGUUCAAACUUAGUACUUGCUUGAUUGGUUUAGAAAUUAUUUGAGCUAGCCAAUCCAUGGUGGUUAAUUAAGAAGCUCCGACAAUCAUGGAUUGUAGUAACGAAAUAAUAGAGUUGACGGAAAAUUACGAUUUCGCCCCUAAAGUCGGCGUCGCGAGACGGCCUCUGGAGAAGCACGCCAUCGGCGAUGACAUCAACAAACUUUUCGAGGCAAUAGAAAUCGGGAGGACCGGCCGUAACAUUACCCGAACGCAAGGGCGUUUUCGAGAUUCUACCCGUAGAAAUCCCGCGAAAAGACCAAUGAGAGGAGGCAUCGGAAUUUCGGAGCCGGUGAGUUUGAAACAGUCCCUUAGAGGAUUAUCCAUCUCACAAGCAUCGGAAAUGGCUGCCGUUAAGAAAAGAAUGUCGAGACCGUUUUUAGUGAUCGAAGCCAACCAGGGUCAAAAAAGGAAUUUGAUGGAGAUUUCCCUAGUACCCGAAAAAAACCUGUCGAAAAAUAUUUCCGACAAGGCAAAGAGUACUGCUGACAAAGCAAAUAGUACUACUACUGUAGUGGCAACAACAGAGUUGUCACAGAGCUCGAAAAGCAGCACCACGACGAGCCACAGCGAAGAGAGCUAUUAUCAUCUAAGUGGGUCCCACCGAAUCGGAUGUAGGCCCCACAUGUCGAAGGACUCGAAAUGGGAAGCCAUAAGAAGUAUACUGAAGCAAGAGAAUUUGAUCAAAUUGGGAUUGAGGCAUUUCAAGCUGUUGAGAAAGAUAGGCGGUGGAGAUAUUGGCAGGGUUUAUCUUUCCGAGCUUAUCGGCACGAAUUGCCUAUUUGCGGUGAAAAUUAUGGAUAACGGUUCUUUGAUUACUAGGGAGAAAAUGGCCAGGACAAAAACGGAAAAGGAGAUACUCGAGAUACUCGAUCACCCUUUUCUUCCGACGCUGUAUGCACAUUUUGCCACGAAUAAGUUCUCGUGUUUGGUGAUGGAGUACUGUCCAGGUGGCGAUCUGCACGUGCUCCGUCAGAAGCAACUCACCAAGAGCUUCCCCGAGAAAUCGGCCAGGUUUUACGCUGCGGAGGUACUUCUUGCAUUGGAGUACCUUCACAUGCUCGGAGUGGUGUACCGAGACCUAAAACCCGAAAACAUUCUUGUAAGAGAAGAUGGCCACAUCAUGCUCUCUGAUUUCGAUUUGUCCCUCAGAUGCACCGUAAAUCCCACGCUACUCAAUUCCUCGUCUUUUUCGUCCCCUGCAAUAACAACAACGGGGGGCCCACCAAAGAAUAUUCCAAGUACCCCGUGCUCCGAUUAUUCUAACUGCACACACCCUUUCUGCCUCCAACCAAUCUCGUGGCAACAACUCUCUUGUUUCACACCCGGGUUUUUAUCCAAAACACGUAAGCUGAAAACCGAACUAGCCAUCAACCAUCACCCACUGCCGCAACUCGUGGUGGAGCCCACGAGCGCGCGGUCCAACUCGUUUGUCGGGACCCACGAGUACUUGGCUCCGGAGAUCAUCAAGGGCGGGGGCCACGGGAGCGCGGUGGAUUGGUGGACGUAUGGAAUAUUCCUCUACGAGCUUUUGUACGGUCGGACGCCAUUUAGAGGGUCGAGCAACGAGGAAACAAUAUCGAAUGUGGUUUCUCAGCGUCUGGAUUUCCCCGAUCGUCCCGCGGUGAGCUGUCAAGCACGAGAUUUGAUCGAACGGUUGUUGAAGAAGGAGCCGGAGGGGAGGAUGGGGGCGGUUAAGGGUGCGGUGGAGAUUAAGCAACACCCGUUUUUCGAGGGGGUGAAUUGGGCUUUGGUACGGUGCGAAAAGCCGCCGGAGGUGCCGAAGUCGUUCGAUUUGGCUAAUGUUGUUGUUGUCCCUCAUACUAAAACAAGCAACUUGUUUAGGAAAGAAUUUGAGCUCGGUGAAGAAUGUGAAAUUGAAUUUGAGAUGUUUUAGCAAAAAAAAAAAAUUAAAAAAAAAU